AUGGCGAACGAAGAACCUUGUGAAAACCCUGACAAAGUAACUUUUAAAUGCUCCUCUUGUGGUUUUGAAUGCUAUUAUGAAUAUUUUGGAAAGAGGCCUCCUUUUUCUAAGUCUGUGAUGUAUGAUCUUUUGUUUUGUGUCAAUACGUAAUUUUUAGGGACUGACAAGAGAGACCAUGAACUCAUAGCAAUGAAUUUUUCUCGUAGACUUUUGGAAGAUGCGUAUGUUAUCCAUGACCCCUUCUCGCCAACUACAGGGCACUUGACUCUUGGUGGACAGUGUUGUUUGUGCUCAAAAGACAUUUGCGUGGCCCCGGUAGGGAUUAGUACAGGUAAUAGCAUGAUUUGUAGUGAUAUUUGGCAUAAAUACGACGAGUGAUAUUUCGAAAUUGUUAUACGUAAUUUCACGAGCCGUUAGGCGAGUGAAAUUUGAGACAAUUUUGAAAUAUCACUAGUGGUAUUUAUGCCAAAUAUCACGUACAAAUCAUGCUAUUAUUUGUUUAUACUACUACCCGCAAAAGGUUUGUAAUUUUCAUACAGGGUGCAAAGAAAGUCAGUUUUACAGCCUGCCACUCGGGCAAGCUGCAGCUAGCAUGUACUAGCCCACAAGUCAAUUCAACUAGCUCCAAAACCCUUUUUUAUUAGCAGGAUUGAUAAAAAUCCUUUCGUAAUUUGAAUUUCCCCAAAAAACAGCACUUGCCCGUCGGGCAAGUUAAGAACAAAAAUCGCUUGCCCACUAGCAAAAUCCACUAGCCCCGGGCUAUCGGACACGAUUUUCUUUGCACACUGUCAUAUGUAGGUAUUUCAAAUUCAGCUGAAAUACCACUGCUCUAAGCCAAUCAAAUUGCAGAAAUUUCUCACGUAGUAGUAUAAACUACAUAAUACCGGGUCUGCAAGAGAUAGAUUCUUCAGAUUUUAGAUCUCCAGAGGUUGGCAUCUCUGUAACUGAGCCUGAUGGCCCUAGGGCACAACUAUUAGGCCUGGUUUCCUGCUCCACAAAGAUCUUAUUCCAUUCCUGCAGAGUCUUUCUCAAGUAUGCCAAAAUCAAGCAAGUGAAAGAAAGGCUCAUCUGGCUGAGUGGGAUUUGGUUUGUACCCAGGGGUGGUACUCCUGGGAAUUCUUGAUGGGGGUGUGCUGCCCGGUUCUUCAAAUCCUGACCCAAUAUCAGACCAAAAAAUUUAAUUUUCCACACCUGUUUUUAGACUAGAUCUCUAAAAUCCGGUACCCGUUUUCAGACCUUUAGGCAGAAAUUUUGUUAUCAUUACUUAGAUUAGAGCACAAACAAAAAAAUUAUUCCAAUCCAUUUGGAAUUUGCAUAUUUCUCUUUCUUUCUUACUGAUUUGGGAUGGAAGCGAUAAAUGCGUUCAUACACUCCAUAUAGGUCCCUCAAAAGCCAUACCCGAUUCCAGACCAAAAUGGGCCUAGUGUAUACCGGUUUUUAGACCAUAACAGCGCAAAACCUCUACCUGAUGGGGCGGCAUUUACCUAUAUGGCUUAUAUAAGGGAAUACCCCCGGGUUUAUAGUAAUGUUCAUUUCCCCACUGAAAAUUACCCCUGUACUGGUGAUUUAUGUUGCAGUGAUACUUAAAAGAGAGACCAACCAUUUUACUAAUAUGCUUAGUUGAAAAUUUUAAAUUAGCUCUUCUUCUCUACUUUUUAGACAUGCAGUAUUUUCUACACAAAGAGAUUUUGUGUUUCUUGUGUUGAAAAUAACCUGAUGGAAUUCCCUGAAGAAAUCCAGAAGGUACUUUGAAAUAACUGUAGUCUCCACUAAACUGGUAUAUUUUAAAGUGGAAGUUUCCAACUUUCAUAUUAAAUGGAGUGCUGAUUUUGUUUGAUAUGUUAGACAGUUUAACUCUAUCGGUUAUCCUCUGGUUGGGGUUGAGGGGCAAAUUGUUUUUGUGAGGGCCAAUUUUUUUUCAAAAUGUUCUCUGGUGUUUUAGACAGAAUUUGGUGUCAGAGGGAAUCAUUGGCUACAGAGCUUUUUGUGGCAGACUACAUAUCCUAAAGGAUUGCAACAUCAUGGUUUCUCUUUAACUGAUUUUAAUAAUAAAUAAUGGGAACAUAUCCACAGCAAUAUUAUAUGUCAUAACUUGACCUGUAAUGUUGGUCAUCAUCAUCAUUAUCAUCAUCAUUAACACCUCUACUACCAAUACCACCACCACCACCACCAUCAUCAUCAUUAGGGACCUUAAGCAAGGACGACGACGAUGGCAGUGAAACCGUCGUUAAAACAAUGAAUUUGUGUUCUUUCAAACUUAAUUGCGCCUAUUUGGACCCGCUCAAUAUGCCAAAUGCAGGUGACUUUUCCUAGAGUUGAAUCCUUAAAGGAUUUUAUUCAGGUUCAAAAAGAGGAAGGAAAAUUCAUCAUUGUAUGUCUACGUCCUCUAUAAAACGUCAAAUUAGGAGGCUUCAUGUCAUAGUCAUGCAGUGGACGUCAAAGAAAUGUACUUAAAAGCAUUAUGCAGGUGCAGAGCAGUUGUUUUGAUCAUUAAACCUAU